GUCGGCUUCAACCAGGCAAAGACCAUCACACCCUCUCUCUAUACAUAUCCCUAUCUUUACUCUUAUAUAUUACUAUAAAUUAUUAUAGUUGUGGUUGGAUUAAAUCCUGGUAUUUUUGGCUAUUAGAUACAAAUUGAUCGAUCAAUCCGAGGAAAUUUGAUUUUUAUUCGAAUUUUUGGGAGCAGCUGGAGCUAGUAAAGUAAUAGUAGUAGUAUCUAGUUGAAGCUGCAGUAGCUGAAGCUGGUGAAAUCUUAGGAAAAGGAAGAUGUAAGAGGAUAUUGAAUUUGUUUAAUAUGGAAAUGGCGGAGAUUCUCCGGGUUUGGAUAUUGAAGACCAAAAAGUUCGUCAAUAAAUAGUGCUGCAAAACUUGACCGUCAUAUAUAAGUUUUUGGUUGGUCGGGAGCAAUCAAAGCUUAGGUAGUCAAUAUUGAGUAGAUUGAGUGGUCUCCCUAUGGCACACGUUGCUGCAAAUCAUUUUUCUGGAGGACCUAACCCAGGGUCACCUAAUGAUGCUCUGUAUAAGGAACUUUGGCAUGCUUGUGCUGGACCCCUAGUUACUGUACCUCGCGAAGGGGAAAGAGUGUAUUACUUUCCACAGGGACACAUGGAGCAGCUUGAAGCAUCUACUCUUCAGGGGCUAGAUCAUCAGCUUCCUUCUUUCAAUUUGCCACCUAAAAUUCUGUGCAAAGUUAUGAAUGUUAAUCUUCGGGCUGAAGCAGAGACGGAUGAGGUCUAUGCACAGAUUACUCUGCUACCUGACUUAGAUCAAGGUGAAGUCACAAGUCCUGAUCCACCGCUGCCAGAACCUGAGAGAUGCACUGUCCAUUCAUUUUGCAAGACCCUUACAGCUUCUGAUACUAGUACACAUGGUGGAUUCUCUGUUCUCCGGAGGCAUGCAGAUGAUUGUUUACCUCCACUGGAUAUGUCCCAGCAGCCGCCUUGGCAAGAACUGGUUGCGACUGAUCUUCAUGGCAAUGAAUGGCAUUUCAGGCAUAUAUUUAGAGGUCAACCUAGGCGUCACUUGCUGACAACUGGCUGGAGUGUAUUUGUUAGUGCAAAGAAAUUAGUUGCAGGGGAUGCAUUUAUAUUUCUAAGAGGAGAAAGUGGAGAGCUUCGGGUUGGAGUAAGAAGACUUAUGAGGCAACCAAGCAAUAUGCCAUCUUCUGUUAUAUCCAGUCACAGUAUGCAUCUGGGUGUGCUUGCUACUGCUUCUCAUGCCAUUUCUACCGGGACUCUCUUUUCAGUUUUUUAUAAACCUAGGACAAGUCGAUCUGAAUUUAUUGUCAGUGUAAACAAGUAUCUUGAAGCUCAAAGUCACAAGCUCUCUGUUGGUAUGAGGUUUAAGAUGACAUUUGAGGGUGAGGAAGUUCCAGAGAGAAGGUUCAGUGGAACCAUUGUGGGCGUUGGAGAGAAUAAUACAUCAUCAAGAUGGCCUGAUUCUCAAUGGAGAUCUUUGAAGGUUCAAUGGGACGAACCUUCAUCCAUUGUGCGACCAGACAGGGUUUCACCGUGGGAGAUAGAGCCUCUGGUUGCAGCAACUCCUCCAAAUCCUCUGCCUCCACAAAGGAAUAAGCGGGCAAGACCACCAGUUUUACCUUUGGCAAUGCAGGAUCUUUCCUCCCUUGGGGUGUGGAAAUCUUCUGUCGAACCCUUGUAUUGUGAUACAUCACGUUCACAUGACUUUUAUCCAUCUCCCAAAUUAUCUGCUGCAACCAAGGCCAGCAAUCUAGGUUACAGCGAUAUCAAAUCCAUGUUUUGGUCCAACCAAGUUGAAACAGCGACAGAGUCUGUUGCACCUGUUACUGAAAAGAGACAAGUUAAUGGAUACAGGCUAUUUGGGAUUGAGUUACUGGAACGUGCAACAGUUGAAGACACUUCAGCAGUGGUUGCAUCUGGAGCUGUGGAGGGGGAUCAGCCACAUCUCUCCCGAGAUUCUGGAUCUGACCAACUUUCGGAGCCAUCUCAUCCUAAUAGGUCUGAUGUGCCUUCAGUAAGUUGUGAUCCUGAAAAAUCUUGCCUAAGAUCUCCUCACGAGUCACAAAGCAGGCAAAUCCGGAGCUGCACCAAGGUUCACAUGCAAGGAAUUGCAGUUGGAAGAGCAGUUGACUUGACACGGUUUGAGGGGUAUGAUGAUUUGCUCAAGAAGUUAGAAGAAAUGUUUGAGAUUGAUGGUGAACUCUUUGGGUCUACGAAGAAAUGGCAAGUUGUCUACGCAGAUGAUGAGGAUGACAUGAUGAUGGUUGGAGAUGACCCAUGGCAUGAAUUCUGUGGCAUGGUGAGAAAGAUCUACAUCUACACGAGCGAAGAAGCCAAGAAGCUUUCGCCAAAGAUAAAGCUCCCCGUUGGUGAGGUCAAAUCUAGCAAGGCAGCUACAGAUGUGGUGGCUCUGGGCACUGAGGAGCAGUCAUCAAAUGUGGGGUCUGGGGGGCAUAGUUGUUAGAAAUUUAGGGCUUUUUUUAUUUGACGAUUUCUAAUAAUCGACUGGAGAAAAAAGUAGUUUUGAAACUGACCUCAUUCCGAACGCGCAUGUAAACAGCUAUUAUUGGUUCGAUUUACGAUUUUAUUAAUAUACGUGUAAACCGUGCAUCGAAUCAAACCAAA